AUGUCUUAUUAUGAUGUCAACAUGUCUUAUUAUGAUGUCAACAUGUCUUAUUAUGUCAACAUGUCUUAUUAUGAUGUCAACAUGUCUUAUUAUGAUGUCAACAUGUCUUAUUAUGAUGUCAACAUGUCUUAUUAUGAUGUCAGCAUGUCUUAUUAUGAUGUCAGCAUGUCUUAUUAUGAUGUCAACAUCUCUUAUUAUGAUGUCAACAUGUCUUAUUAUGAUGUCAACAUGUCUUAUUAUGAUGUCAACAUGUCUUAUUAUGAUGUCAGCAUGUCUUAUUAUGAUGUCAACAUGUCUUAUUAUGAUGUCAACAUGUCUUAUUAUGAUGUCAGCAUGUCUUAUUAUGAUGUCAGCAUGUCUUAUUAUGAUGUCAACAUCUCUAAUUAUGAUGUCAACAUGUCUUAUUAUGAUGUCAACAUGUCUUAUUAUGAUGUCAACAUGUCUUAUUAUGAUGUCAGCAUGUCUUAUUAUGAUGUCAGCAUGUCUUAUUAUGAUGUCAACAUCUCUAAUUAUGAUGUCAACAUGUCUUAUUAUGAUGUCAACAUGUCUUAUUAUGAUGUCAACAUGUCUUAUUAUGAUGUCAACAUGUCUUAUUAUGAUGUCAACAUGUCUUAUUAUGAUGUCAACAUGUCUUAUUAUGAUGUCAACAUGUCUUAUUAUGAUGUCAUUAUGAUGUCAACAUGCAUGUCUUAUUAUGAUGUCAACAUGUCUUAUUAUGAUGUCAACAUGUCUUAUUAUGAUGUCAACAUGUCUUAUUAUGAUGUCAACAUGUCUUAUUAUGAUGUCAACAUGUCUUAUUAUGAUGUCAACAUGUCUUAUUAUGAUGUCAGCAUGUCUUAUUAUGAUGUCAACAUGUCUUAUUAUGAUGUCAGCAUGUCUUAUUAUGAUGUCAACAUGUCUUAUUAUGAUGUCAACAUGUCUUAUUAUGAUGUCAACAUGUCUUAUUAUGAUGUCAACAUGUCUUAUUAUGAUGUCAACAUGUCUUAUUAUGAUGUCAGCAUGUCUUAUUAUGAUGUCAACAUGUCUUAUUAUGAUGUCAGCAUGUCUUAUUAUGAUGUCAACAUGUCUUAUUAUGAUGUCAACAUGUCUUAUUAUGAUGUCAACAUCUCUAAUUAUGAUGUCAACAUGUCUUAUUAUGAUGUCAACAUGUCUUAUUAUGAUGUCAGCAUGUCUUAUUAUGAUGUCAACAUCUCUAAUUAUGAUGUCAACAUCUCUAAUUAUGAUGUCAACAUCUCUUAUUAUGAUGUCAACAUCUCUUAUUAUGAUGUCAACAUGUCUUAUUAUGAUGUCAACAUGUCUUAUUAUGAUGUCAACAUGUCUUAUUAUGAUGUCAACAUCUCUUAUUACGACGCCAGCAUCUGA